CUCGCCGGCUGGCCCUCCUCGUGCGCGGCGCUGACCGCCUGGCCCGCCGCGGCCGCGCCUUGCCAACUCGGCUCGUCCUUCUCGCUCCGUCCGCACCGCACCAACCUUGAGCGGCCGAGCGCGCCGGCUUCACUGAACGCCCGCUGGCCGCUGCCAUAUAAAGUAGCUGGACCAGCCGUCGUCACCCACGUCUGUCUCCCUCUCCCUCCGCUCGCUCUCUCCCUCCCUCGGUCAAAGCCAGCACGACAACGCAGCAGUCUGGGUAGCUGUCCCCCUCGCCCUCAUCCCUCCUCGGCGCCGCUGCCGGCCCGCCUCCCCCCUCGUGCCGCUCUGCCGCGGCGCAUUCCGCGCCCGCCUCGCCACCGAAUCGGGCGGAAUCUCAGCGGGACCAAAAUGGGGUCGCCGGGUGCGGGGAGCAGCGGCGGCCACGAGUGCUCCUUCAAGAUCCUGCUCAUCGGGGACUCGGGCGUCGGCAAGAGCAGCCUCCUCGUCAGCUUCGUCGCCGCCUCCCACCUCGACGGCGACAUCGCCCCCACCAUCGGUGUGGAUUUUAAAAUCAAGUUCCUUACAGUUGGUGGAAAGAAACUAAAGUUGACAAUAUGGGAUACCGGCCAUCGUGUGCUUUUUGUUUAUGUUUAUUUGUGGGUUGGAUCUCUCAAGAGCUUGUGGUUGCACUGUAGCCUGUUGAGGCGUGCCUGCCAUCAAGCUGGCCAGGAGAGGUUUAGGACAAUAACUAGUUCUUACUACAGAGGUGCUCAGGGAAUUAUUUUAGUAUAUGAUGUCACAAAGAGAGAGAGUUUCUCAAAUUUGGCUGAUGUUUGGACUAAGGAAAUAGAAGCAAACUCAACAAACAAAGACUGCAUAAAAAUGCUUGUUGGAAACAAAGUUGACAAGGAUGAUGAAAGAAUGGUCACAGAAGAAGAAGGUCUUGCUUUUGCUGAAGAAUCUGGUUGUCUGUUUCUUGAGAGCAGUGCAAAAACACGAGAAAAUGUUGAGAAAUGUUUUGAAGAACUUGCAUUGAAGAUCCUUGAGGUCCCUAGUCUCCUGGAGGAAGGGUCUUCUUCGGUUGUCAAGAGGAACAUCCUGAAACAGAAGCAGGAAAGUCAUGCAAAGAACGGCAGUGGAUGCUGUCAAUAGAUGUGCUGAUCCACGCGACAAGGUUGGCUGUUUUCGUGUGAGCUGCCCUGACGUUCUGCUGUACAUGAGUUGUAUCUACAUGGUCUUGUGAGUAAAACAGGGUUAAAGAAUCAGCUUGUUUGGCGGGGAGGGGGAGUGAGCAUAAUUGAUUUGUACAAAGGACAUGGCAGUUUGGUGUCAUUGAUUUUCUCUCUCUCUCUUAUCAUCUCCGGUUUAGCGAAGCAAUUUUGUUGUCGUCCCUAUGGAAUCCUCUCUCGCCACAGUAUUGUACUAGCUGACCUGUUGGGGCAACUCGUGUGAGCAUUGGGCAGACCAACUCCAGCAACGCUAUACAUACGGGCGUGUAUAACACUUUACAGUGUAGAUGUACUAUUUGCAGAGUGGAGUUUGAAAUAGAGUGAUACUUUGAAAUA